AUGCCUAAGUUCUUUUGCGACUAUUGCGAUGUCUACCUCACGCACGACUCCAUGAGUGUGCGGAAGGCGCACAACAGCGGUCGAAACCAUCUGCGAAACGUUGUCGACUACUACCAACAAAUCGGUCACGAGAAGGCCCAAUCCGUCAUCGACUCCAUCACCUCCUCCUACGCUGCCGAAGGCCAAGCCCACGCCAACCCCAUGCUGCCGCAGAACCAGCCAGGCCAGGGCUUCCCCCCGCCGCCCUUCCCCUUCCCAGGAGGCAUCCCCCCUCCCGGCUUCCCCGGCGCGCCGCCUUUCCCGCAGGGCAUGAUCCCACCUCCUGGACCUCCCGGCCGCGGCAUGCCGCCUCUCCCCUUCCCGCCCCCGGGCGCCAACGGCGCACCCAUGCCCCCGCCCGGCGGUCUGCCCUUCCCGCCCCCAGGCGGCCUGCCCUUCCCACCACCCGGUGCUGCUGGCGCCGGCGGCCUGCCGCCCAACUUCCCGCCGUUCCCCGGCAUGCCUGGCGCGCCCCCCGGCGGCUUCCCUGGAGGCCCCCCACCACCGCCUGGUGGUGGGUUCCCUGGUGCGCCGGGACAGGACAGGCGGUGA